AUGGAUAUCGAAAGCAAAAAGGAAAAAUUUGUUAUUUCCAGAGAUUUUGAGAAUGGAAGUGAAGACUCUGCUCUGUUUGCACCUCCCAAGUAUAUCUCUUGGAUCUACAAGUUGGAUAACUUUGGCAUCGAGACUAGAGGGAUAGAAAGAGUAUCCACUGAAGAAAGAAGAUCUUUGGCUGCUAACAAAUCUUCUUUAAAUCGUUUUUUGCAUGUCUUUGGACUUUGGAUUGCUGCCUGUGGAGGUUUAACUACGAUGUCAUCCUUCUUUCUCCCCACAUUAUUGUUCGGUUUGAGCAUGAAAGACAGUUUAAUCUGUGGGUUGAUUUCUAUGAACCUCGGAUGUUUGGUUCCAGCAUACUGUUCCACUAUGGGUCCAAAGUCUGGUUGUCGUCAGAUGGUGGGAGCUAGAUUUUUGUUUGGUCAAUGGGGAGUCAAGUUCGUUUCAUUAAUCUGCAUUGUUGGAGGAAUUGGUUGGUCCGUAGUCAAUUGUGUUCUUGGUGGUCAGAUAUUGAUUGCUAUCAAUAACAAUAUUCCAUUAUCUGUUGGUAUUGUAAUUAUAGGAGUAAUCAGUUUGGUGAUUGCUAUCUUUGGUAUUAGAGUUCUUCUCAAUUUCCAAACCAUCUUGUCUAUUCCCUUGAUCAUAGCUUCGAUUUUGUUUUAUGUUGUAGUACUUAAGAAAGUUGACUACGUACAUGAAUCCAACGUCUUGGUUGCUGAACAAGGAUUUUCCGGAUUGACCGUUCGUGGUAACUGGUUAUCAUUCUUUGCUAUUGGAUACUCUGUCACAGCUACAUGGGGUUCUGGAGCUUCCGAUUACUACAUCUUAUUUCCCGAGGAAACCCCAAGCUACCAAAUUUUUAUUGUGACCUUCCUUGGGAUUGCCGUACCAUCCACUUUUGUUGCUAUCAUCGGGACUAUUUGUGGCUCUAUUGCUUAUGCUUAUCAACCGUGGAAUGAUGCCUACAACAAUUUCGGUAUUGGAGGGUUGAUCAACGAAUGCUUCAAGCCUUGGGGAAGAUUCGGUCUGUUUAUCGUGGUUCUACUCUAUAUCUCCCUUAUCUGUAAUAACAUCAUGAAUACCUAUUCUGUUGCCUUUGAGUUCCAAUUGAUCGACAGAAAGCUUGCUUAUAUCCCUCGUUGGUGUUGGGCUAUUGUCAUGACUAUUAUCUAUGUUGUUUUGAGUGUCGCCGGUAAAGAACACUUUUCCACAAUUCUAAGCAACUUCUUACCUAUGUUGGGCUACUGGAUCUCUAUGUAUAUAACUAUUCUUUUGGAAGAAAACAUCUUCUUUAGAUCCUCCAUCAAAACCAAGACUCUUCACCAUAACGAAUUUGACGAAAAGGCCAACAGUGAUUGGAGUUACAACUGGUCAAACUGGAACAAGCCCAAGGGUAUCACUAUGGGUUUAGCAGCUGACCUUUCAUUUGCAAUUGGAGUUGUUGGUGCUGUUUUGGGAAUGAACCAAGUAUAUUUCCAGGGCCCAAUUGCUAAGAAGAUUGGAGACUACAGUGGUGACGUAGGUAUGUGGCUCUGUGGUGGGUUCACUGGAGUGGUCUAUCCAUUCUUGAGAUACUGGGAAUUGAAAAGAUUUGGUCGUUAA